GACCAGCAUGAUUGGUUGAAAUGCCCUUGAGCAAGACACCCAAGUUUGGGUGUUGCCCAGCCCAAAAAAAGGAGUGUGUUUGUGUAUAUAUAGCGGUAUUAUCUGCAGUGAAAGGUACCUUCUACUGCUAUUUUCGGCAAUAAAGAAGCCAAACUACAGUCAGACCCAAAGACUACAUUCAGCAUGUUUAGCAGACAUAGAGGUGGUUUUUUCCUGCCUGGCCGCUUCUCAGUAACUUCCUGCGGUUUUGGAGGGGUGAUCUAUAAGCCAUCAGAGAAUAUGAUGACAUGCGGUUGGAGUAGUACACUGUUAUCAGUGCGCUCCAUAGACCUUCUCAAUUCCAAAACAGGUCAAAACCGCCAGGAACACCACACAGACCUUUACCACAGUGAUAACCUCAUUGUCCGUCGAGGGCAAAGCUUUCAGAUCUGGAUAGAGCUCUCACGAGCUUUUGACCCCAAAACUGACCAUCUGCAGCUUCUGUUCAAACUAGGCUCUGCACCCCCAUCAAAAAAGUCUGUAGUGACUGUUUCUCUAGUUAGUAAGUUUGAGGGCAACCAGUGGGGGGCCAAGAUUAUUGAAAAGAAGCACAAUAAGAUAAAACUGUCUGUCUUCUCCCCACCAACUGCUUCUAUUGGUCGAUAUGAGUUCAGUGUGACAACAGGAAACGCUUCCAGUCAGAGUCCUGAAAAGGAUAUCUACCUGCUGUUUAACCCUUGGUGUAAAGAUGACACAGUGUUUAUGGAUGAUCAGGAUGAGAGGAACGAGUAUGUUCUGAAUGAUGUGGGGCUGCUCUACUGCGGAAAUGAUGUGCAGAUUUCAGCAAGGCCAUGGAACUUUGGACAGUUUGCUGAUGGGAUUCUGGAAGCAUGUCUGUUCAUAUUAGCGAGAACUGAAGCCUCCGUUUCUGGUUUGGGAGAUCCAGUUACCGUCAGCAGAGUUGUGUCAGCCAUGAUCAACUCUCUUGAUGAUCAAGGUGUGCUGCAAGGUAACUGGUCAAAUAACUAUGUGGGCGGGACUGCCCCAACGGCAUGGAGCGGCAGUGUGAAAAUUCUGAAGCAGUACCACAGAAGUGGAGGAUUGCCUGUCAAAUUUGGGCAGUGUUGGGUCUUCUCAGGGGUCACCACCACAGUUCUCAGGUGUUUUGGUAUUCCCACUCGCAGCAUUACAAACUUCAGCUCUGCUCAUGACACAGACAAUUCCUUGACAACUGAUGUGUAUUUGGAUGAGGAAAUGAGGCCAAUUGAUAUGUUCAACAGCGAUUCUAUUUGGAAUUUUCAUGUGUGGAAUGACUGCUGGAUGGCCCGGCCUGAUCUGCCAGCAGGCAUGGGUGGCUGGCAGGCUGUGGAUGCCACGCCUCAAGAGACGAGCCAGGGCAUUUACUGUUGUGGACCCGCACCUGUGACAGCCAUCCGUGAAGGACAGGUCUAUCUCAAACAUGAUACACCAUUUGUCUUUGCUGAGGUGAACAGUGACAGGAUCUACUGGCAGAGACAAUAUGAUGGCUCCUAUGUUAAGAUCUCCUGUGAGAAGAGUGUGGUGGGCCGCAACAUCAGCACCAAGGCAGUCGGUUCUGAUCGCAGACAGGACAUCACACACCUCUACAAAUACCCAGAAGGAUCUGAAAAAGAACGAAUCGCUGUGGAAACUGCUGCCCGCUACGGCUCCAAGCCUAACACCUAUUCCUCUGCUGGGGCCAACGAUGUCGCACUAAAUAUUGCCCUGAAAGAUGAUCACGUUCAAAUAGGUCAAGAUGCUCAUCUGUCCAUCAUUCUGAAGAACUCCACCUCUCACAAGCGCAGUGUCGUCCUCUACUACCAGAUAGCAACCAUGUACUACACUGGAGUGCAAAAGGGCAUUGUGAAGAGUGAUAGAAUAUCAGUGAAUCUAAACCCCUGUGAAGUUCAGGAACUGGACUGGAUUCUGUCUCAUCAUGAGUACAAGAACCAGCUGGUUGACCAUGCAGCCCUGAUGAUCUCUGUGACUGGACAAGUCAAUGAGACCAAGCAGGUUCUAGCUACCCAGUUCAACUUCCACCUGUGCACACCUGACAUUAUCAUCAAGCCUACAGGAGAUGCUGUUGUGGGGAGACCGAUGGAAGCUCAAAUCAUAUUUAAGAAUCCGCUACAAUGUAACCUGAAGAAUAUUGCUUUCCACAUCGAGGGCUUGGGCUUGAAGACCACAAAAGGGAGCUACUAUUGUGAUGUGGGCAGUCUGGAGACCAUCACCUUGACGGUGGAUUUCUUACCCACUUUAAUUGGUCGGCGGAGGCUUACUGUCAUUCUGGAUUGUCCAGAGCUCACACAGGUUCAUGGUACUGUUGAUAUCCAUGUCAAGAACAACUGAAAAGACAUGUCAAGAAGCUUAAACCUGAAUACGCUGCACAUUCUCUCUGAUAUUUGCAUUCUGAUUACUAAUCACUGGUUAUUGAUAAGUAGGGUUGCUGCAUUUUAAAACAAGGAAACAAUAAAAUGAAAGACUGUGAUUUCUUUCCACUAAAUAUGGUUUUCACUAAAUAAUCAUGAUAAACUUUAUCCUUAUUAUGUCAUGGCAGAUUUUGCUGGCUGGGGUAACACACACACACACACACACACACACAAAAUAUAUAUACUGUACUUGGUUUUCAAUAAUAUGACUUUACUAUUGUUGUAACCUUCACCUAUAAAUGCCUAUAUCUUUUUUUGAAACUGUGGAUCACAUGGAAAGUACUAAAGUAUGGAGGUCAGCUCUACUUAUGGUUGUGAAUGCAAGAAGAAAAUAAACUUUAAAUUUCCACUAUGAAA